AUGUCCUCCAGCGCCCGCCGCAUCGCCGAACAGCUCUUAGCCCCCAAUCGUCCCGCGCCUCCCCUACGCCCGAAGCGCCCGUACAGCACUGAGCUCAAGGACAACAUCAACAGCCUGCGCGAUCCGGCGCCUAUCCGUGCUGCAUUGCAUCUCGCCAACGACGAUGUCGAUUCCGCCCACGAUACGGCUCAGAGUGAUCAGGGGACGAGCACGAGCGAUUAUGUGCACGCUCAGCUGCAUAGGAGGGAAGGGGACUAUUGGAACUCGAAGUGGUGGUUGGGUACGGGUAUGAAGCAAAGUCACCCUAUACUCGAUCAGAUGCACGGAGGGUUCAAAGAAGGCAAGGUAUUCGUCGAUAGAUGUGAGGGUGUGGGGAAGGGAAAGAGUAGCGAUGGCGAGCUGGAGAAGAAGCAGUGGGAGGAGAUCAAGGCUACUGUCGAGUACGCUCUGGAGCACGAUGCGAAGUAG